AUGUGCUUGCUGUACAAGGCGACUCCAGGGGAUCGAUCCCGUGCUGCCCGCGAAUCCUUGAGCCUCAAGCCACCGGCUAAGGCUUUGGCUCGGGGGCGUAUAAGGCCACAAGGCUCUCGGCAAGGCCUGCCUGGGGCCCCUGUGGUUGGUUGGUGGGGAAGGGAGGCAGCCGCUGCGAUCUCGGUGAACACGCAGAGCGAGAGAAUGGAGACGACUCCGCUGCCUCUGGGAAGGAGAGCUCAGCUGUUGCGGCUUCGCCCCUUAUAUCAGCGCGUUGACGUGCUGCCCUUCGCUGCAACUGCCUUCGCGCUGCUUGUCUUAGCCUUGAGGGAACAUGAGGCACUGGGGAGUCAAGACGCAGCAGAAGCCCCCACCACAGGCGCAGCGCAUGCAGACGUUCCCGGAGGGCCUGCUGCAUCGAGGUCUGAGGCGGCUCCCGUGCAAACGGGGGAUGCAGACACGUCGCCUUCCUCGGACUUGGCAGCCAAUUUUCAGCGCUGCGACCCCGCAGCAGCUGCUGCAACUGCAUGCACGGGCGGAGCAGGAACGGGAGUCGCUACACACGUGUUCGUUGCUGCCGGAGCCGAAGAAAAAGACGACUUCUUAGUGCCAAUUGAACUGCUGCAGCUUCAACAAGCGGCCCUAGCGACUAAGGGAACGGCAUGCACUGCAGGACCCCCCAAGACAGGACGCGUUGGGGGCCUUUUGGCGCCAGCCGAUGCCCUGCUGCUGCAAGGCACUGCAGUCGUCGAUGAGUCUCUCCUCACGGGGGAAGCGAUUCCACAGGCGAAGGCAGGGCUGUCGCUUACCGCCGCAGAUCCAGAGGCCCUCAACGAGGCGCUCGAGUUGCAGGGCAGGCACAAACAGUUCGCUGUAUUUGCUGGAACCAGCCUGUUAGCUGCAGAGAAUGAAAGUGAUCGUGGUUUAGGCUGCUGCAGACCGCCGUCUAACUCUCCCGUGUGUGUUGCCGUUCGCACAGGAUUCGCCACUACCGAAUGGCUGCAGCCCGACGUGGAGCACUUGCAGCAGCUGCGAGCAGAAAACAAGCGCUCUCCAAACACCUGGCGCCUCCUGCUCACCCUCUCCCACAUCGUCACCUCCGUCGUGCCCCCCGAAUUUCCGAUGCUUCUUUCACUGACACUGUCCGUCGGCGUCCUCCACCUCGCGAGGGUCGGCAUCUGCUGUACAGACACCCUCAAACUCGCUGCUGCUGGUGGCGUGCGGGUUACUGCCUUCGAUAAGACAGGGACGCUCACUCACCACAGCUACAAGCUCCUGGGUGUCUUCGGAGUAGGCAGAAAUCCAGAAGAUCUCGACAGCCAAACGCCUCGGCAGAGGCAAGCCUCCAUCCUGUCGCAACAGUCACCGCUGCUGACAGCCCUCGCAGUAGGAUCGUGUCACUGCCUCAAACCCGAUAGCAGGGGUGUGCCCGUCGGCGAUCCACUCGAGCUUGCGGCCUUCAAGAGCUUUGGAUGGCAGUUCACCUCGCAGAAAGCUGCCGCUAUUCCUUCGCCGGCGAGGGGGGACUGUUGUUGUAAUCGCUGGCGUGAAACUGUGUUGUUGGGAGAAGUGGACCUGCCGUCUAGUACGUGUGCAAUGCUUAGUUGCUGUGUUUGUUUUGCUAUGCAUGCUGCUGCAGGUGGGAAGAAGGGGGAGUCGGCUGCGCGGCUGUCGCUGCUUUUCUGCUUCCCGUUCGCUUCCAGCCUGCAGCGCACAACGUCCGUUGCGGAGUUUCGCGUCUCGAGCGAGCGCUGGCGUGCCUGCCGGCAGCAGCAGCAGCCCCAGCAGCAUCAGCAGCAGGAGGAGGAGCUGCACGAGCUGUUGCAUCGAAAGCAGCAAGGCUACAUUGUUGCAGUGAAAGGAGCUCCUGAGCGCCUGAAGGGGUUCCUGGCAAAAGUUCCUGCCUUUUACGACGCAAUGGCAGACGCCCUCACAAGCCGAGUGUGUAGAGCAGCUGCAGCUGCUUCGGCUGCUGGAGCAGCUGCAGCAGCAGCUGCAGCACCUGCCUCUGACGUCUGUACAUCGGCUGCUGCUGUGCAUGCAUGCUGCGCUCGCUUCAGGGACUGCGCGUCGAGCUGA